AUGGCGGCGCUCGGUGAGAACCGCACGCGGGUCCCGGGAUCUUUCCCCUCCCCCACCGGCGGAAACGACACCGGAACGCAGCCACGGGGUCCCCCCAGCCCCCCCCCCAGAAAACGACCCCGGGCCCAGGUGAGGCUGAAGGCCCAGGUGAGGAGGGGGGAGGGGCCUCACCUGCCCCAGCUGCCCCCCGAGAUCAUCCUGAGGAUCUUCCAGGCUGCUGUGGAGGGGGAGGGGGCCGUGCCCUUCCUGUGCAGGGUGUCCCGUGUUUGCCGUCUCUGGCGGGACCUGGCUGCCGACCCUCGCCUGUGGCUGCGGGUUCACCUGAGAGGACACCUGAGGGCACACCUGGGCGGCCCCGCCCGCGGCCGCCGCCCUCCCCCUGAGCAGGUGCUGAGCCCCCUGCUGCGAUUGGUGGAGAGCAGGUUCUCACUGCUGCAGGAGUUCGUGCUCUGUGAUUGGAGCAACCACGUGGGGCCUGUGCUGCAGGCCCUGAGCACUUCCUGCCCUCACCUGCGACACCUGGAGCUGCGGCGCUGCCAGGUGAGACCCGGGCCCACCUGGGGGGGAUUGGGGUCACCUGGACAGAUUUUGGGGGAUUUUGGGGUCACCUGUCGGAUUUUUUGGGGUCACCAGGUGGAGCCGGCGGCGCUGGGGGCGUUCCUGGCUGCCCCUCCCCCCCUGCAGCACCUGCACCUCACCUGUGCUCGCCUCAGGGGGGUCUUACCUGCCCUGGCCGCCGGGCUCUGGCCCCAGCUCCGGGUCCUGGAGCUCGAUCAGAGUUUGGGGGGGCCGGGCCCGCCCCUCCCCCUCCCCCUGGAGCGGCUGCAGAGAGCCUGUCCCGACCUGCAGGUGUGUUUGCCCCUCCCCCCACAGGUGUGUUUGUUCCUUUGCCCCUCCCCCACAGGUGGUGUUUGUUCCUUUGCCCCUCCCCCCGACAGGUGCUCCGUCUCUGGGGCGCUCUUUGGCUCCCCCAGCGCUGCCCCUCCCCCACCCCCGGACCCUCCCCCACCUUCCCGCACCUGCGGGAAUUGGGGCUGGGGGAUCCCGGCGGGGGCCCUGUCACGACUCUCCCUGCCCGUGUCUCCCGGCUGUCCCCCGGCGCUGUCCCCUGUCCCCAGUGUCGCUCUCUCCUGGCUCGCUGUCACUCGCCGCUGGCACCGGACCCUGCUCGAGCUCGACCUCAGCGGGCGCCGAGACCCCGACCUGGGGGGGGCCUUGAGCGCCUUUGGGCCCCGAGACCCCCUCAGGGUGCUCAGGGUGGCCGGGACCCACGUGACAGCACCUGAGCUCAG